AUGCCUAUCCUGAAGAAAAAUAGCCCAAGUCUCAUUCUCACCGUCUCUUCGGCAGCAGCCUAUGUGAUGCCGACCCUCACAGUAUACAGUGCCUCCAAGGGAUUCGUGGAAUCCUUCACCCGGUCGCUGCAAGCCGAAAUGACGCUCGACGGCAAAGACGUGGAAGUCCUCGGGCUACGUGUGGGAAAUACCAAUAGUCAAGGGAAUGAUGUGGCCGUGGGCCUAUUCACCCCAACCUCUCGCGGUCUGGCUUCAGCGGCCUUGAAUCGCGUCGGAUGCGGCGAACCGGUUGUCUGGGCGUAUUGGCCUCACUCCCUCCAGGGUCUGAGCUUUCAUCUAAUUCCAGGCAAUAUGCUGAUUCAGAUAUUGGGGGCCCGUCUCAGAGCCAUGAAGCGGGAGGCUGAAGCGAAACGGGCGAAGAAGAGGUAG